UUCACAUAAGUAAAGGUUCAAUUUACCUGAGCUACUGACUCGCUCUACACUAUUUUAGAAGUACAGUUUCUUUACUUCAGUUUAUUAUCUAACGAAACAAAAAUAGUGAUUGAAAAAAUAACCUACAUAAGCUACUCUUACUACUAUUCUCACUAAUUACAAGGUAUGUGGGAGCUCACGCAUGAAUCGCCCUUAUUCCUUCAUAGGUCCAUGUUGAAUAUUUCUCUUGAUUGAUUGGAUCGAUACUUCUACCGUGGAGAGUUCUGGACUAGAUUGGACUCCCUAUUCGAGUUAUCCAACUGCGCUCAAUUGACAACAUGGAAGGCGUACUAUACAACCGACCUACCUGAUCUUUCAAUUCCCAAACGAACUUACCUGCUCGUGGGUGUUUAGAGGAGGACCAUGAAAUAUCCGGGGCAAUAAUUUGUUCUUGAAAAAUGCGAAAAGGGAAUGGUACUUGUGUCCCUUGAUAAGUUAGGGCUCCCUGUUUGGUUUAAAAUUUCUUGUCUACCUAUGGAGUGUUUGUUACUUGAGUGUUUGAGCAAAGUAGUAAGCAUGAUAGGAAGACCCUAAUGUACUGAUCAGUUGACAAAGGUGGGAGAUCAAUUGGGAGACACCAAGUGUUAUAUGGAGAUCAAUGUGGAUUCAAGUUGUCCUGAAACUUUAUGGUUUUAAUGGGAAAGUUUUUCAGCCUAGGUUGACUACUACAAUUUGCCUCUCAAACGUAAGCAAUGCAAAAAAUUUGGACAUGAUUGUAGUAAAGAGGACUGAAGAUAGAUGAAGGUUUUGAUUCCUAAAGCUAAGAACAACUCAGUUCUAGUAGAAAGUGGAGGUGAGGUGAAAGAACAGGAAGUAAACGUUGUAAAUGAGGAAACUGUGGAGGAUGCUCUAAUGGAAAUUGGUAUAGUAAAGGAGAUGGUACAAGCUGAGGUAUCAGGUGUGGCAACUAGCCUAGAGCGAGAGAUGGUUCAAAUCGAGGUGAAAGAGGAUUUAAUGGCAAUUGCCCUAGUGUAGAAGGAGCUACAAGUUGAAGUGUUGCAAGCUGACAUUAAGGAAGGAAGUAAAAAUGGAGCCAGUAUAAAAGUUGAAUCAUAUGAUUUAGAGAUGAAUAGGUUGCCAUUUGAAGAAGAAUAUCAGAAAGUGGUUCAAAGGAAAGAAUGUGGUUGUGUCUCACAUGAAGGAAGGAGAAGAUAUAUCUUUGUUCAUAAAUGAUAGUGCAGUGUUGGAUACCUUGACUUCUUCAGGUAAAGAUGUAAAGCUUCUGGAAAUAGGGGGAAGGGGUAAGAAGAUUGGAGGGUGGUGGCAAUUUGUUUCAAAAUGCCCAAUAAUAAUAAUGUCAUGGAAUGUUGGGGGAUUUAAUCAAUCCUCUAAACAUAAUUGUGUGCGUAAACUAGUUAAACAACAUAAGAUAGAUAUAAUGGCAAUAUUAGAAACUCGAGUACAAAAAAUCAAAGUAAUGAGAACUUGUAAAAAGGAUUUCCCUCGUCUGAAACUUAUAGAAAAUAUCAGAAACUGAAGGAAAGAUAUGGAAUCUUCGUAAGCAUGAGCUUAAAAGAUAUGGAUUCUUCGUAAGCAUGAGCUUACUUGUUACUGGUUUAGCUACUGAAGCAAAUUUCAUACAUAUGUAAAUCCAUGAGGAGAGAGGCUUGUCUGCUUAUAGUGGUAUAUGGAUCUCACGAUGUUGCAAAAAGGAGAGCUACAUAUGAUCAAAUGAGACCACUGAAGGUCUCAAAACUUCCAUGGAUGGUGAUUGGUGAUUUUAAUGCAAUCCUGGAUGUAGCUGCUGCUUCUAAUGGGACAAGUCCCGGGAGAAGUGGAGAAGACUUUCAAAGUUGGGUUGAUGAUAUGCAAUUAGUGGAGCAUCGGAUGGCUGGAGAGAAGUUGACUUGGGUGAAUAAACAAGAUAAUAACCUCAUAGUAAGGAAGAUUGAUAGAGUUCUGGACAAUAGUGAUUGGUUUGGGACUCACAUAGGUAGUAUGUCAAGUAAAACUGUUCCAAGAGUGAUGUCUGACAACUAUGGGAUACUGGUGAAUUCUUCUCCAGUUAGAAAAACUUUGCCUUAGACUUUUAGAUACUGCUCCUUUUGGGGUUCUCAUCCUAGGUUCCAAGAGUUACUGCAGACUACUUGGAAUACAAAAGUUGUAGGAUACCCAUUUUAUAAAGUGUGCCAGAAGUUAAGAAUUCUUAAGAAGAGCUGAAGGAGUUAAAUAAAGAAUUCUAUUAUGAUAUUUCCGAGGAUCUAAGCAAGAUGAGGUCACUAUGAAACUAGCUCAGAAAGAUGCAUUUACAAACCCUUCUAUUGCAACUUUUGAACUUGAGGCUCAUGUGUCAUCUGAAUGUUCAAUCAAUAUAUUAAAAGCCCAAGCAACCAUUUACCGUUGCAUACGAAAAAGUAGUGCAAGGUAAUUAAAAAAUUCCCAGCGGUACUGUUCACAAGAGCCUCUAUUUCCUAUACCCAAUUUCACCGUAAGCUCUUUUUUAUUUGCAUAAUACAAUAAUUUUGCAAGAUCAAU